AUGGCCGCCGGCACCGCUGCCGCCUUAGCGUUCCUGAGCCGGGAGAGCCGAGCCCGGGUGAAGGGCAUCGGGAGUCUGCGCGCCCCAGCCCCGGUCACGAUGGACAGUUUUUUCUUCGGUUGUGAGCUUAACGGCGGCACCCGCUCCUUCACCUUCAAGGUAGAGGAAGAGGACGAUGCCGAGCACGUGCUGGCCUUGACCAUGCUCUGCCUCACUGAGGGCGCCAAGGACGAGUGUAAUGUGGUGGAAGUCGUGGCGCAGAAUCACGACCAUCAGGAGAUUGCAGUCCCCGUGGCCAACCUCAAGUUGUCCUGCCAGCCCAUGCUCAGUCUCGAUGACUUCCAGCUCCAGCCACCUGUGACCUUCCGCCUGAAGUCGGGCUCGGGCCCCGUGUGUAUCACUGGGCGCCACCAGAUUGUUACGAUAAGCAAUGACAUUUCGGAGGAGGAAGAGGAGAGUGAGGAAGAAGACAGCGAGGAUGGGGAAGCUGAGUUGUGCCCUGUCCUGCCUGCCAAGAAACAGAGGGGCAGGCGCUAGCGCUCCUUGGUCAGUCUGCCUGUGACCUGCGCUUUGCACCAUGCAUUCCUGGACAGGGCUCAAGAGAUCGAAAUGUUUCUUCUCCAUUGAAGAAGAGGGUUUUGGGGGGCUUGGGUUGGUGCUAAGAGAAAAGGGGGCCUGCUCUCCUUAGGGCCCUGCCCCCCACCCAACCAGGGCAGGGCUUCCCUUUUCUCCCAGGGUGGGAGGAAAGCUCAACCUCUGCCUGACUCCCCCCUGUCCUCCCCCCCACCUUCCUCUGAGGAGUGGAAGUCAGUAGUUCAAGCUCAGGUUACACAUUUUUACCCCUUUUUACAUUUUUUGGAUAAAAGUUUAAAUAAAA